AUGGUUCCUGACCUCAUGUUCGCCACGUCCAUCAUCAUUUACUUGUCGUCCUUCAUCGGCAUGAUUGGUAACCUCAUCGUCCUGUUCGCGUUCAUCAGCAACGCCAUCCGGCACAAGUCGCUUCAGCCGCUGGACCGCAUCAUCGUCAACAUGGCUCUGGUGAACCUCUUCCUCUGCUGCUACAAGGCCAUUCCUGGGCUGCUCAUCUUCAGCAGCGCAAAAGUUUUUGGGGAACUGGGCUGCCGGAUCCUACUCUAUACGUACCACACGUUGCGGCUGAUUAGCAUCUGGUCCGUCGAGAACCUCAGCUUCCUGCACCUGAUCAAAAUCCGAAGGCCCAACCACCAAUGGUCAAAAUUCAUCUACCGGCACCAAGGGAAAUAUGUCAACAGCACCAUCGUCGGCUGCUGGAUAUUCAGUAUCAUCUUGCAAAUCCCUUACAUGCUGUACGAGAAAACGGCGGCCGGGAGAAACAAGACGAUAACCUUCCUGGCCACCUCGACGUGCUUGAGAUCCACAGAGAGCUUCGCCAUGAAGUUCACCACGUACGCGUCGGUCAGCUUGGACUUUGUCUUCGUCCUUCUGGUCGUCGUCCUGAACGGUUUCAUUAUUGACCUCCUCUGGAAGCACAGCCGGAAAGUGAAGGCUGCUUCCUCGGUCACCAACAGCGGCUGGAACAAACACACCGCCCAGGCCACCAAAAUCCUGCUCUCGCUGUUGUCCAUCUAUGUGGUCUGCUGGAUAUCCAAUGACAUCGUCUGGAUUGCCAUUGUCUCAGGAUACAUCAAAAACAGUUUCGAAAACAGCAUCCUCAAUGCCCUCUACGGCGUCCUGUCUUCCAUUUAUUACUCAGCCAGUUCAUUUGUUGUGGUGCUUGGAUACAGGAAAGUCCGAGAAUACCUGAUGGAAGCCUGCUGGUGCUUGAGGUGUGCAAGACCCACCAUGGUUGAGAGAUUGACUUAG